GUAGAUUAUUAUAUUAUAUAAUAUAGCGAUAUCACCUACUUUCUCAGUAUCCAUCAUGAGUAGCAGUACUUCAAAAAUCGCUGACUGGGCGUCAAAGAAUAAGAAUUUGAUUAUUGCAGCUACAGCUGUUACAGUAGUAGGUGGUGCAGCUGCUACUUACUACUAUCAGUCUUCUACUGGCGUCUCUACAACUUCCGAGAAGAAGAAGAAGUCGAAAUCAAAGAACAGAAAGAAGAAGUCAGCUAACAAUGGCCCUAGUCCAGCUAAUGAGCCACUCUUGGAAGAACUCAGCCUCGAAGACCGCAACAAGGUCGCACAAGACUACAAAUCGAAGGGUAACAAACUCUAUCAGCAGCACGAAUGGAUUGAAGCUGCGAACAGCUACAGCAAAGCUAUAGAGAGUGCCACAAAGCCAGAAGCUGUUUUCUAUUCCAACAGAGCCGCCUGCUAUAACAACCUCGGUCGCUACGAAGAAACCGUUAACGACUGCAACGAGGCACUCAAACUCGACAGCGAGUACGUUAAAGCCCUUAACAGACGUGCACAAGCUCAGGAGCAACUCGGUAAGCUCACAGAAGCACUCAAUGACUUCACAGCCGCCACAAUCAUUGAUCAAUUCCGCAACGAAAGUGCAUCAAAGUCCGUAGAAAGAGUACUUAAGAAGGUCGCAGAAGCUAAGGCUAAGCUUAUUUUACAGUCACGUGGUGAAAAGCUCCCACAAAUAUCCUUCAUUCAAGCUUACCUUAAUGCAUUCAGAGAACGCACUCCAACUGCCAUCCCUGAUGAUUCACCUGCUGGUGACUUAGACUUGAAGGAGGCAUUCAAUGCUUCAGAAGCUAAGGAUUUCAAACUUUCAAGAACAAAGGUUGAAGAAUCUCUCAGCAAGGGUCUCAGCUCAACCCAACUUGAAGCUGAAGCUUUGAACUUACGCGGUACUUUCUACUUCUUGUUGAACAACCCAGUCAAAGCUAUAGCAGAUUUGGAGAAAUCUGUAGAAUUAUGGCCAGAAUUCUCCCAAUCUUGGGUCAAAGCUGCUAGCGUAUACAUGGAAUUAGCCAACCCACAAGCGGCAUUCAAGGCAUUCGAUACCGCAAUUGAGAAGAACCCAGUUGAUGCUGAUGCAUUCUACCAUAGAGGACAAGUUUACUUCAUUUUAUCUGAUUUCAAUAAAGCCAUCGAAAACUAUGAAAAGUCUGUUGAAAUUGAUGAUAGUUUCCCAUUAGCACAGAUUCAAUUGGCCGUUGCACAAUAUAAGAAUGGUAAUAUCGCGAAGGCUAUGGUUAUCUUUAGAUCAUCGAUCAAAAAAUUCCCAGCCAAGUCUGACGUAUACACCUAUUAUGGUGAAUUGUUGAUGGAUCAAGGUAAAUUUGAGGAGGCUGUUGAAAAGUUCGACAAGGCUAUUGAACUUGAUGGAGAUAAGUAUCCUGUAAAUGUAUUACCAAAGAUCAACAAAGCUUUGGCAAUCUUCCAAUGGAAGCAAGACUUCGCGGGUGCAGAAAGUCUAGUUAGAGAAGCUGUUGCAUCAGAUCCAGAGAAUGACGUUGCAAUUGGUACAUUAGCACAAUUAUGUCUCCAGCAAGGCAAAAUUGAUGAAGCUAUCGAAGCAUUCGAAAAAUCAGCACAAGUUUCAAGAACUGAACCAGAGUUAGUUAAUGCAAUCACCUAUGAGAACGCCACAAGAGCUCAAGCUCAUUUUAUCAAGAACCACCCAAGUGCAGCAGCAAAGUUAGGUCCAUUAGCGCAAUCAAUGGGUGCAUAAAAUUUUUAUCAUUAUGUCACAAAAUAAUAUAAAUCACCGCUUUUUCCUUUAAACCCCAAAUAAUGAAGAAGCUCUAUUAGAUUACAUUUUUGAUAAGAAAAGAAAGGUAUUUGCCAAUCUAAAAGUACUUUCCAAACAUUGGAAUCAAUGUUUGAGCGAGUGUGUAAGAGAAAACUAAUUUUGGACCGACGACGAGGAUCUUUGGUGUCAAACCCUUGAAGAACGCUGAUGGACCUUCAUUCUUGAUGAUAUCCUUGAUGACAGUAACACCUGACGUGUUUGUCUCGAAGUUUGCUUGUUGAAUACGUGUCUUGACAACGUCUAAUGGGGCUGCGACAGUAAUUGAGGAGACAGCACCACCGAUGGA